AUGAACGGAUCAAGUGUCACCAGUGUGACCACUGACACCAGUGUGACCAGUGCCACCAGUGUCACCAGUGUCACCAGUGUGACCACUGACACCAGCACGGCCAGUGCCCCCAGUGCCACCAGUGUCACUGCUGUGACCACUGACACCAUUGUGACCAGUGCCCCCAGUGCCACCAGUGUCACCAGUGUGACCACUGACACCAGUGUGCCCAGUGCCCCCAGUGCCCCCAGUGUCCCCAGUGUCACCGGAGUCACCGGUGUGACCACUGACAGCGGCACGCACGUGUCCAGUGUCCACUCUGUCCAUCCCAGCCAGCCUGGCUUGGGGGUCACUCCCAGUCCCUCUGUGGUGUCUGACGUGUCCAAUGUCCUCUCAGUCCCCUCUGUCCCCCCAGCCGGCCUGGAGCAGGCUGCUCUGAUUGAGGGGGGUCACUCUGGCCCCUCUGCAGUGUCCAAUGUCCCCCCUGUCCCCCCAGCCUGCCCGGAGCAGUCCUUUGAGGUGACAGUGCGGGCGACCCCCCCAUCGCAGCGCUGCCGGCUGCGCGGCCGCUGCAUCCUGCGGGCGGCCGAGGAGAGCCUGGAGCUGCUGUGCCGCUGGCCCUACCGCUUCCUGCGCCGCUUCGGCCGCGACAAGGUCACCUUCUCCUUCGAGGCCGGCCGGCGCUGCUCCUCCGGGGAGGGCAACUUCGAGUUCGACACCCGGCAAGGCAACGAGAUCUUCGCGGCCAUCGAGGCGGCCAUCGAGCUGCAGCGGGGCCGGGGCGGCCCCGCGGACGGAGCCCCGCGGCCGCUUGACCACGGCCGGACGCCGAGCUGGGCGCCCGAGGAGCCCAAGGGUCCCUCCGGGGAGGCGAAGGCGCCCAGAGCGGAGGGGAAAGGGGUGAAGGGCAAGGCGGGGGUGCCCCCCGGGGCUGGGGAGCCGCCUCGGGGGGCGGAUUUUCCCUACGCCGAGCCCCUGGAUUCGCUGCGCCGCGGGAACGCGCCGGACAAGGGAUGGAGAGCGGAGUGCGAGUACGCGGUGCCCUUCGACACCAUCGCCAAAUCCUUCCUGGCGCGCCAGCUCGGCUGUCCCCAGGAGGAAGCCCCGAGUGUCACCGGGGACGCGGGAGGGGCUCGGCCGCCCCCCGCGCGCCCCACCGCCCCCAAACCCGAGCACAUCUACGACGAGCCCGAGGGGCUCUCGGCGCUCUCGGCGCUCUCGGUGUACGACGAGCCCGAGGAGGUGAAGGGCGAGGCCUGGAGGCUGCAGGCGGCCCCCGAGGAGCCCCCCGGGCACGCGUGUCCCUACAACCCGCAGCGCGAUGACUACGCCGUCCCCACGCGGCGCGUCCCGCUGCGGCAGCCCUUCCUGCUGCACGGCAGGGAGUGGCUCGGCGACAGCGACUACGACAACGUGGCCCUCAAGGUGGCCAGGAACAGGAACCUGCAGUGAGCGGAGGGGACAGCAGGAGGAGGGGACACCCCGAAUCCUCCCGCUCGGAAUUUAGCGCUUCCCCGGUGGAGCUGGGAGUC